AUGUCUACUCCUUGGGUCUCUUCUUGUGCUAGUACCACUACUAGUAAUCACAUACGUCGAUCAGUGUCCAAAUUUAGUUUUGAAACUUCAACACCCCACUCAUCAGAUUUUAUCACUGCUGAAAAUAUCAAACAUUGUGCCCCUACCAGGUAUUCAAAUGAUAUGAUGCAAAAUUUCCAACUAGAUUCAACUGCAAGGGCGGCAAACAAUAUAUCUAAAGGACAGCUAGAUACGCGUCAAACUGGUACUGCAACUGCAAACGAACAUCAAAAUUCGCCUUCUCAGCUUAAUAGUGAUUGCCACCGUCGUCAAUAUAGUUUUGAGUAUUCGCAACUGGAGUUGGGAGAGUCCAUAACAAAUUUAAAUAUUGCUUCAUCGCCAAAUCCAAAUGCAGCAGCUACAACACCUUCGAAACUACAAAAUAGAAAUGGGAAUGUGGAUUUCGAUCAAGUAAAUCUGUCAGCAUUAUCUUCCCCACAACGCCACCACCGCCACCACCACCAUCACCAACAACAACAGCAACAGCAACAGCAUCAGCAUCAGCAUCUCCAAAAUCUACAUUCAUUUCAACAGCCACCAAAUAAUGUACUUUCACAUGGGUACAGCUCAUCAAUAUCAUCGGUGUCAUCUACUGGUUCAAUACCUUCUUCACCUGGAAUGAUCAAUUAUUCUCCAAAACAUUCAAGAAUAGCAAAUUCAUUCAAUAUUCACAAGAAUAUGAAGAAUUUGUCGUUAAAUUUAAAUGACUCAAAUGGAUCUUCCAACCCACUGAAUCACACUACACUUGCGGCAAAGAGACUGAAACUAUCCGACUCGACUACAAACACGACGACAACCACAUCUUCAUCCGAUAAACUGAACCUUCUCAAUUUCGCCCAACCUUUGUUCAACAACAGCACCAUAUACUCUGAGCGUGCAUUACAAACUCCUUCAGUCACUCAUACCCCCACAUUGCCUCCACACAAUCUUAAACUGCAACACCAUCUACAAUCACAUGGAGAUUCAGACAUUGAUACACAUAGUACCACUGGUGCUCCAAAUAAACCUUACAAGUUCCCUCUGGAGAUUACCGGUCCGCAGCAAGAUUCAGACGCAAUAUUGUUUGGAGGAACUGCCAACGAUUUAUUCAAUGAACGUACGCAACCGCCAAUGCCACCACCAUUUGCCCCAAAUUCCAAAGCGUCGCCAUUAUCAACGCCACCUAGAUUGCAAAGCCCCAUGGGAUUGGAUAAGCAGAGUGGACAGCAACAACAACACCACUCCCCUACCAAGUUACUGCGCAACAUCAAGAAAAUGUCAAUUGAAUCCCCAUUGGAAACUAACUUUAGCAAACCUGAAGUCAAUUCGUUUGUUCAUUCUAGUACUCCACAAAGCAUAACUUACAAUUCAAAGAAAUUCAACGUGCCCGAAGAACUUCAAGAAACGUCGGCAAUAAAUGCAUACCCCAAUGGACCAAGAAAUGUCCUCAAUAGUAAAAUAUUCCUUUAUUCUGACCCAUUAAACAAGAUCGACAUCAAUCAAUACAAUUUGGUUAUCAAUGUUGCCAAAGAAUGUACCAAUCUAUCAUCUAAUUUCCAAAACCAACAGCCAAAUGUUCGAGAGUACCUUCAUUUACCGUGGUCUCAUACAUCUGCUAUUUCGAAAGAUUUGAUGGAGUUGACUCAUAAAAUCGAUUGGUAUUACCAACAAGGCAUGAAAGUACUUGUUCAUUGCCAAUGUGGAGUAAGUCGAAGUGCUUGUGUUGUGGUGGCAUUUUACAUGAUGAAAUUUGGUAUUGGUGUUAAUGCAGCUUAUGAAAUGUUGAAAAAUGGCACGUUAACAAGUAUUGAAUCAGAGCAAGCGAGUAAUAUUACAGUGGAUAAAUGUGAACGAAUUUGUCCUAAUAUGAGCUUGAUUUUUGAGUUGAUGGAGUUUGGUGAUAAGUUGAAUAAAUCAGAAUUCAGCACCCUGCAAUUGUUGGCUGGUUCUCCAACUCAAAUGAGCUUAUAA